UUCCGGUCGGGUGCCUGGCUUAAGCUCUACUUUGGGUAUCUGGAGGGGGGGCAUUUAUUGCAGGGGAGUCCCUCUUUUUCUUCUCCCCUCCCCCCUCCCAGUUGUCUGGAGUGGCCAUGCCUAAUCCCGCUCCUCGGCAUGCUGAGGCUGCGGAGUUUAAUCCUCGUGACCUGCCCGUCCCGCGCGCCCAGUAAUGGAGGCUCCAUAUGAUGGUAGUGAAGUAACUGUAGUAAUGGAGGAGAUAGAAGGUACAUAUACCUAUGCCUCUCCAGUGCCAUCUAAAAAGAAGAAGAAAUAUAGAAGUCCUGGAGAUCAAGGGGAAAAGGCUAAAAAGCCCAGGUCUGCAUAUCUUCUGUACUACUAUGACAUAUACCUGAAAGUUCAACAGGAACUGCCACAUCUUCCUCAAUCUGAAAUUAACAAGAAGAUCAGCGAAAGCUGGAGAUUGCUCAGUGUGGCUGAGAAAAGUUAUUAUUUGGAGAAGGCCAAAUUAGAGAAAGAAGGUUUAGAUCCGAACUCGAAGUUGACUUCCCUGACUGCUGUAGUUCCUGACAUUCCAGGUUUCCGUAAAAUCCUCCCUCGUUCAGAUUACAUCAUUAUUCCCAAAGGCACUCUCCAAGAGGGGAGGAGUAAGCAGCACUUGGAACUCUGUGUGGCCCAGGGCCAAACAGCAUUGGAAGGACUGACAGCGUCUGCUAAUGUCACAGGUGCUUCCCACAGUGCUUUGCAGAACAUUCUUUCUGUAGAAUCCAGCCAAGUUGGCAUUUCUGAGCAGUGCAUUGCCAUUGAAGGUGUUGCAGAAGACCCAGCCUCAUUUGUUCAGUCAGACACGGUAGAAGAAGUUGUUGCAUCAGAAAUCUUGUCUCACUAUGCCCGACCUGUAGCACAUAACGUAGCUGGAGAUAUCAUUCUGGAUGAGACCCCUUUGGAAGUAGGAGACAGCUAUCCUUAUCAAACAGCAAGUGUGGUUAUUGAAGAGACUUUGGUUAACAGCUCCUCAGAUGCCUCCAAUGGGAGUGUUAGUGUGGCACAACCACAGGUUUCAGAUGGCCUCUCUGUGGUAACAGUGCUAACCAGAAGAAGAGACAGAGAAGAAAGUAAUACUUCAACACCUUCUGCACAGUUCAUUAUGCUACCUCUGCCAGCCCAUUCCGUUUUGGAAAAUCCAGCAUCAAUCAAACUGACUACUACUUACACUCGCAGAGGCCAUGGAAAUUGCUCUAAUCCUGGCUGUUCCUUCACUUAUGUGACCAGACACAAGCCACCAAAAUGCCCUCUGUGUGGAAACUUCCUGGGUGGAAAAUGGAUCCCAAAGGAGAAGCAGGCAAAAGGCAAAUCUGAACCAAAUUCCAGUGUGGGUAUAAAAACAUUGGGACCGAAGAGAACUCAGCUUCCACUAGCCUCUGGAGCAGCAAUGACCCAGGAUGGUGCUUCGAAAUGUACCCUAGAGGUCUCUGAAGCUGUUAGCCAGCUAUUGAAUGCAGCUCCUGCUGGGGAGCAGAUACAAGAGACUGAGUGGGAAGAAGUGAUCAUCUCUGAGGCUCACAUCCUUGCGAAUAACGUCCAGCCGGAGGAGCAAGGGAAUGCCCCUGCAGUUAUUCAGCUUCAGGAGAGCUCAGCAUGCGGAGACUCUUCACUAGAACAGAAUGGGAAGGGGAAAGAAGAGCUGGAGGCCCAGCCAUCCACUGAAGUGGUAAACUCUGCAAAGGUGCUUUCAAGCCCAACGGCUUCAAUGAAACAAACAAUAGGCUUGUAUAGAAAAGUUCUUAGCAGAGCUUCAGCAAGACCAAUGCGAGCAAUUUUGCCUGCACCUUUUGGCAUGGCGAGAGAAACCAAGAUAGAGCAACCCAGUUGCCGACAGUCAUUUUCAAAUAAUGAAAAAAAUUCCCCUAUAAGAAUCUCGGGACUGAAACCUAAUACUCUGAAGCAGCUGGGACAGCCUCCUCUUGCCAGUGUAGAAGAGCACAAGCUCCCUGGCAACACAAACAGUUCAACAUCUCAGGUGAAAAUGGUGGAAGUCAAGCCAGAUGUGUUCCCUUCUUAUAAGUACAGCUGCACUGUAACCCUGGAUCUGGGGCUGGCAACGUCACGAGGUAGAGGGAAGUGCAAGAACCCUUCUUGCAGCUACAUAUACACGAAUAGGCACAAGCCACGGAUUUGCCCCAGCUGUGGCUACAAUCUUGCCAAAGACAGAACUGAGAAAACAGCGACAUCUCUGGAAGUCACUUCUGGCCCCAGAGAUGUGCUGAAUACCAAUGAGCCUUUAAUUCAGUCCCAAAAAGAAGUCCAGCGUCAAUCUACUCUGCAGCUUCUACGCAAAGUAAUACAGAUCCCAGAGAAUGAAUCUGAGCUGGCUGAUGUAUUUGCACUAAUUCAUGAACUCAACAGCUCACGGCUCAUCCUGUCCAACAUGAAUGAGGAGACAGUCACCAUUGAGCAAACCUCUUGGUCAAACUACUAUGAGUUUCCAUCAUCCCAGUGUCUUCUCUGUAGCAGCCCCUUAUUCAAAGGGGGCUUAAAUUCCCUUGCAGGCCCUCAGGAGUGCUGGUUGUUGACAGCUAACCGGUUGCAAGUGGUCACUGCUCAACUUAAGGUGUGUGUGAAUGUGCAGUGUUUGGCCCUCCAUAGUUUCAGUGAUAUAUAUACAGGCUUGUUUAAUGUAGGUAACAAGCUUUUAGUGAGUCUGGACCUUCUCUUCACCAUAAGAAAUCAUAUUAAACUUGGUGAGGAUCCUAAGGUGGCCGUCAGCAGUAUCUUGGAAUCUGUGCAGGAGCCGACAGAGAAAAAUCUGAGUACUGAGGAGCUGAAUCAGCUUGAGGAGCUGCUGUGCAAUGGAUAUUGGGCCUUUGAAUGCCUUACUGUCCGGGACUAUAACGAUAUGAUCUGUGGUAUUUGUGGCAUUGCACCCAAAGUUGAGAUAGCCCAGAGGAAUGUGGAAAAUGUUUUGUCACUGAAAAAUAUUGAGUUUACCUGGCCAGAGUUCCUAGCAUCUAGUGAAGUAAAUGUGGAAGAUUUCUGGUCUACUAUGGAGACUGAAGUGAUAGAGCAAGUGGCAUUUCCUUCCAGCAUCCCUAUCACAAAGUUUGAUGCCUCUAUCAUAGCCCCCUUUUUCCCACCACUGAUGAGGGGCUCUGUGGUUGUCAACACAGAGAGAGAGAAGAACUUUGAAGCACAUAUGAUGCCAGGCAACGCAAGUAUCCUGGUGAGGUUGAUUCAGGAUGAAACCUGUAAAAUGGAGCAGAUUGGUUCUUACAGUAAGGAAGAGCUACAGAAUUUCUUGACACAGUGCAGUAUUCCCUGGGAUGAAGGUGACUCAAAGGAGCAGCUCUGUCUUUCUCUGCUAGCUCUGUAUGAUUUUGUGCAGAAUGGGACACAUAUCAAACAGCCACUGGCACAUUUGACUGGAGGCAAAAUAUACAAAGUGUGUCCACACCAGGUCUUGUGUGGCUCAAAAUACAUUGUAAGAGGGGAAAGUCCCCGGGACCACGUGGAUCUCCUAGCCUCUUCACGCCACUGGCCACCAGUCUAUGUGGUAGACUUGGCCACUUCUGUGGCAUUGUGUGCAGAUAUCUGCUAUCCUGACAUGACUGCUCAGAUGUGGGGGAGGAACCAGGGUUGCUUCUCUGACCCUAUGGAGCCUUUAAGGUAUGUGUCCUGCCCAGAACUUCUGGACAGAUACUACAAUGUGGACAUGACCAGCGCUGAACAUUCUAUCCAGCACCCAGUCACCAAGUCUGCAUCCCGCCGAGUAGUCUAUGCUGGGACAGAGCAGAGCACUCAGAGUGACUCCACAGCCCGACAUCAUUCCCUCUCCCUCUGCCGGGAGCUAGAGCCCUACGGCGCCAUCAUUGCAGCCAUCAACGAUAGCAAAACGAGCAACGUCCGCCAGAGGCCUAUAACAUUUGACAACGCAACCCACUAUUACCUCUACAAUCGCCUGAUGGAUUUCCUCUCCAGCCGUGAGAUUGUGAACAGGCAGAUUCAUGAGAUUGUUCAGAGCUGCCAGCCUGGUGAGGUGGUGAUCCGGGAUACCUUAUACCGCCUGGGUGUGGCCCAGAUCAAGACAGAAGUGGAGGAAGAUGAAGAAAUCCAAGGAGAGGACAGUGUUGCAUAACUUUCUCUGAAGUGCUCAUCUUCUAGCUAUAAAGAUGAGAGCUGGGUGACUGGAGCACCUCUGCAGAUAUUUCAAACAGUUUAUCAUGCAGAUGAGUUCCAGUACUGAACAGCUGUGACAGCUGACAUUGACCAAAGAGAUGUGCUUCCAUGAAAUCUGGAUUACUCCUGUGGGUUUGAGAUCCGCAAAAGCCUUGCUAUAGAAAGGGCAGUUUGUCCUUCCAGUUUGGAUCUGUAAGCUAGCCAGGAUGAAGUGCAAAAGAGAGAGAAGGAUGUUUUCAGGUAGCCGGAAGCUGGCAAGGAAAGGCAAACGGAUUUACAGAAGAACUUGAAGUAUAUACAUUUCUGUGUUUGGAGGAUCAUAAAUGGAGGAAGGGGAUGAAAAAGAGCAGAGAAUGUUUCUGUAUCCCCAAUACUAGAUUUGGUGGUCAUAAUAGACUGAUGAACCUGUUCUGGAGUCCCAUCUGCUAUUAUGCUCUGUUUUGAGGCAACUUGUUAUGUAGCCCCCAUCAGUAUUAAGGGGGCGAGCACAUAUCUGCUCCUGUAGCUAAUGCUGUCUCAACCUGAGGAGUGAACUAUUUUUAAUGGGCAUCCAAAUUAAGGUGUGAUAGAUUUGUAAUUACUUUGGCUGGCAUGAUUUGAAAGGCUGUUCAGGGAUUUGUAUGUUUUGGAUGAUGAAACUGGACUGUUGUUCAGGAGGGGAACUUCAGGCUUCUGCAGUCUCUUUUCAGGCACUUUACUUUUUUAUAUCCCAACCAUGGACUUAAUAGGUUGUCAUACUUUUAGGGACAUCAUGAAGAGUGCUUGUGCAGCAUGAUUGGAUUGGGGAAUCCAAGCUAAUUAGACACUUUUCAACUUGCGUCCCUUACUAAACUUGCUUGGGAGGAUGCACAGCAUUUGACUGUCUGGACCCUCUAAAAGCCACUACAUACUCCUCAGUUCCAGAAUUUGAAACUGUUCUAAGGGAGUUUCAGAUUUGUUCGGAAGAAGUCACCAUUUUUUUCUGCUACAUAUAGUGUGCUAAACCACGGCGUAUAAACAACUUCCAUUGGCACUGAUAUCCUUUAACUCUUUGCCAUCCAUAAAUCUGAGAAGUGAAAAUAGUCUUCUGCUGUAGCUGAAAGCAGGAAAUCUUCACAGUGUAUGUAUGUCUCGAGAGGGUUCAACUAUGUUUUAUUCAUUGAAUGAACAGAUUUGUGGUGUCAGCUGCUCCCUUCUAUGAAGGAUUCGAGUGUGUACUGUUAUGUAAAAAAAACAUGUAUUGAAUUUCAGAACAAAGAUUAUGAUUUGCUCUUAAAUGCUAAUUUAUUAAAGACACUUUUCCAGUCA